GAUCUGAUGAGCAUAGGAAAAUUAGUGAAAACUGGCAAACAGACGAUCAUGACCCAGCACAUGAGUUCCAUUGAGUGAAGAGGCGGGAAUGAGCAGAGCAAGGUUUUGGAACCCUACCCGCGGAAAGCUUCAAUUUUUUUGAUCUCUCUUUCUCUCUCUAUCUCUAUCUGUACUCUCUCUCUCUCUCUCUCUCCAGAUGGGCAUCAAGGGGUUAACGAAGCUCCUGGCGGAUAACGCCCCGAAGUCCAUGAAAGAGCAGAAAUUUGAAAGCUAUUUUGGCCGAAAAAUUGCCAUCGAUGCCAGUAUGAGUAUUUACCAGUUUCUGAUUGUAGUUGGUCGAGUCGGGGCUGAAAUGCUUACAAAUGAGGCCGGCGAAGUAACCAGUCACCUGCAAGGAAUGUUCAAUCGGACAAUUAGGCUUCUAGAAUCUGGAUUAAAGCCAGUCUAUGUUUUUGAUGGGAAGCCACCAGAUAUGAAAAAACAAGAGCUUGCAAAACGCUAUUCAAAGAGAGCAGAUGCUACCGAUGGCUUGAAUGAGGCCUUAGAAUCAGGCAACAAGGAAGAUGUUGAGAAGUUCAGUAAACGAACAGUUAAAGUAACCAAGCAACACAACGAUGACUGUAAGAAACUUCUGAAACUUAUGGGCGUGCCUGUUGUUGAGGCUCCAUCAGAAGCAGAGGCACAAUGUGCUGAACUUUGCAAAUCUGGAAAGGUAUAUGCUGUGGCCUCAGAAGAUAUGGAUUCAUUAACCUUUGGGGCUCCAAUAUUUCUCAGGCAUUUAAUGGACCCUAGCUCUAAGAAAAUCCCAGUGAUGGAAUUUGAAGUUGCAAAGGUACUGGAAGAGCUAAAUUUAACCAUGGACCAGUUUAUUGACUUGUGCAUUCUUUGUGGCUGUGAUUACUGUGACAGCAUUCGUGGUAUUGGAGGACAGACUGCCUUGAAGCUUAUCCGUCAGCAUGGUUCUAUUGAAAGUAUUCUAGAGAACAUUAACAAAGAAAGGUAUACUAUACCUGAAGACUGGCCUUAUGAGGAAGCCCGCCGCCUUUUCAAAGAACCACUGGUUUUCAAGGGUGAUGAGGAACCUGAGAUUAAAUGGAGUCCUCCAGAUGAGGAAGGAUUGAUAACUUUUCUGGUCAAUGAAAAUGGGUUCAACAAUGAUAGAAUUACAAAGGCAAUAGAAAAGAUAAAGGCAGCAAAGAAUAAGUCGUCUCAGGGCCGAAUGGAAUCAUUCUUCAAACCAACUGCAACUGCUUCAGUUCCCAUUAAGCGGAAGGAGACACCUGUAAAACCUGAGAAACAAUCCAGUAAUAAAAAAUCUAAAGUUGGGGUUAAGAAGAAGAAGUAGUGGUUCUCUUGCCAAAAAAGCUUUUGAGGAUUGAACACCAUCCUUAUCAGUUGUGAUUUUAUCAAACUAGUUCCACACAGUUUGAUCAAACACUUACUUGGCGUGAACAAGUAUGGCAAUCUACAUUUUGGUUAGCAGUCUAGUCUAGGCUUUCUUAUUAGCUUAUUAGGAAACUGGAUAAUCCUUUUCCAUAGUAGAAGUUAAAUGUAUUGAGCUUUAUGUUUCAACAUUGUGGGAGUUUCUCAUCAGUGUGUGUAAGACUGUGAGGGUUGUGUUUUU